GGCGGCGUCGGGGGCUCCCGCGGUGAAGGCCGGUCACGAUGAACACCGUGCUGUCGCGCGCCAACUCCCUGUUCGCCUUCUCGCUGAGCGUGAUGGCGGCGCUCACCUUCGGCUGCUUCAUCACCACCGCCUUCAAAGACCGGAGCGUCCCCGUGCGGCUGCACGUCUCGCGGAUCAUGCUAAAAAAUGUAGAAGACUUCACUGGCCCUCGAGAAAGAAGUGACCUGGGAUUCAUCACAUUUGAUAUAACUGCUGAUCUAGAGAAUAUAUUUGAUUGGAACGUUAAACAGUUAUUUCUUUAUUUGUCAGCAGAGUAUUCAACAAAAAAUAAUGCUCUGAACCAAGUUGUCCUUUGGGACAAGAUUGUUUUGAGAGGUGAUAAUCCGAAGCUGCUUUUGAAAGAUAUGAAGACAAAGUAUUUUUUCUUCGAUGAUGGGAAUGGCCUCAAGGGAAACAGGAACGUCACUUUGACGCUAUCUUGGAAUGUGGUACCAAAUGCUGGAAUUCUACCUCUUGUGACAGGAUCGGGACAUGUGUCUGUCCCAUUCCCAGAUACAUAUGAAAUAACGAAGAGUUACUAAAUUAUUCUGAAUUUGAAACAUAUUUUUAUACGUGAUAAAUUGCAUCUCAUCUCUUCCCUGUAUCUUCAUUUGUUUUUGGUUACUUUUUUCUUUUUCUUUCUGUUUUGGUGUAAGAAAGACUAACAUCAGAAGACAUAGUUGAAAGGUUAGGGGUUGCUUAAGCUUAGCUUUGCAAACAAAAGACUGCCAGAGAGCAGUAUAUGAAUGAGACAUCUGCAUAGGGAGAACUUGUGAGCAGGGCAGGUUUGAAGUAUUUCUUUUAUUUGCUUUGUCUUAUGGAAUAUAAAGUGAGCAUAAAGGGCUGUUAAACUUCCAGGUGUCUAUAGAGUCAUAAGAAUUCUAAAUUACAUGUUUUGUGUUUGUGUAAGUUGACAGUGAUUGUGACUUACACGUGAACUUUCUCUUUUAUCUUUUAGUGUAUGUUAGAUUACUGGGAACAUUAAUGUGGUUCUUUGAAGUCUGGUUUACAAAAGAGCAAAGUGGUAAAAUUUUAUUCCAUUUGUUUUAGAAAUCCCCAUAAUGCUUGUCUUCCUUAGGUGAAUCUUGCAGCUUUCUCCAAACAAAGACCAAGAACCUCUGUGUAUGCUGUAAAAUCUUGCAGGCUCAUUUUAAAGUCUCAACUCAACCAAAUGUGUAUCUUUUAGUGUUUUCAGAAUGUUCCUUUGUAUAUCUGCAAAUUUUAAGCUUUGCCAUUGAAAGUUGAAAACGCUUGCAUGGGUUGCCUCCUGAACUGGAUUUGUCCCACUGACCAUGCCGCUGUAAUUAGCUACAGUUUUCUUAGCUCCAUAUUUUAACAAUUGGAAUAGUAAGAAUAUUUGUGGUGUGCUUUUCCAUCUACAAAAUUCUCUCAUAUGUUUGAAUGUUGUCUUGAGUAGUCCUAAUGAGGUAGAUGGUUCAAAUGUUAACUCUUUGCAGGUGAAGAAACUGAAACCCAGAAACUUACUGCCUUGCACCCAAAUAUAAAUAGCAAGUGGUGGAGUUCUCUUAUACCUCAGUCUACACAUUAAUCCCAUUCUCCUAGUUUUAUUGUAGUUUUUGUUAUUUCACAUUCCUUCUAGGAAUGAUAGAAUGUGAAACUAAUUUUCCAGCAGCCAACAACUUACACAUUGGUAUUUUUGGCUGUGGCUAUUCAUUUUUACCCAUAUUAAAAGUACAUAGAUUUGUAAAGUAAUUUAGAAAUUAAAUACAUUAUAUAUGAUUGAAUAUAUAAUUAUAUUUGACAUGAAAAUUUUUUUGUAGUGAUCAGCACCCUCAGAGUUACCAGCUGCAAAUUGGCUACUCUUAAAUCUAAGAACAAACACUGUAGGUACAUCCAGCAGUAACUUAAAAGGGCUGUUUUCUAGCAGUAGCAUAAAUUAAUUCGCAUUUGUUCUAUUUACCUCAUGUGAAGUAUACCACUGUCUAGUGACAUUCAUUUUAACAGCUCUUGUAUGUGGUGGUGCAGUUUUUACAAAUGCAUGUGCAUGAGGUUUUCAAACCAGCAGAAAGAUCAAAGGUACAGCCUGAGUUUGGCACUGGCAGUUUCAUUAAACGUUUCCUUGUCUAUAAAAAUGAUCCUUUACUAUGAUACAAAUCUGAAGUGUUUUCUGUUCAGCAGUUCAUGAGCAGGAAAUCGCCUUAGUCAUCUGAGGUCAGGAAGGUGAUGGGGAGAUUAUCACAUAGUUGAUAGUGAUCUGAGCUUCUGUUACAUUUUACACCUACAAAGUUGAGCUUUAUACAUUGCACAGAUACUAGAUGUGUAAAACCUGCAAGUGUCAAAGCUUAGAAUAUUAUCUGGGUGUGUCCUGCUUCAGGAAGCCACAAAACAACCGGUAGCAUUAAAGCCAGACCUCAGUUCCCUUAGUAGUUCACUUUAUUUUGUGAUGAGUGGAUCUAGCACAGACAAACUAGAACUGAAGUUUUCUAGAAUUGCCAUUUAUUGGAAAAGCCCAACUUUAGGAGUUUGGUAAGGAGAACCAGAAAAGCCCAGCUGGCACAAUGUAACAGAGGCCUUCUCUUUUCCUGGACUAAGGGAGCUGCUCAGGAAAUGGCUGCUCCAGCAUACCACUAGCCCUGUUCUCAGGAACUCAGUUUUGUGUGUGCACAGCUUUAUUAGUUUGUAACAGUUCUCCACCUUACGAAGUUUCCAUGUUUGAUAAGCAUCUCUAGUCUCAGUGUUUUAGAGAAGUCUCAUCAGGACUCUACAGAGACUUGGUGCUUUAGAUUUUAACAAACUAAGGUGAUCUGUGGGUAGAGUCUAAGCCCAGAGAGGGCUCUGGGAAAAGAGGAUAAUUGCAAGGUACUCAGUAGAGUGAUUGCAGUUAGAAAUGAGCUUUAAGAUGUAGCACUCGGCAUAUCCCUUCAGUCUCCCCCAAAACAGCUUCUCCUGUGUGCUUUAUGUCCAUUCAUUGCAUUUAGUGUCCUUAUACUGAAAGGAAAAGGAAAUGACAGAAACUGUUAAGAAUGUGAUAGGAAAACUGGUUGGUUUGAAUGUCUUUUCUGGUAGUUAUCUUACAGUUCUUCAGUGGUCUGGCUGGUCAGUUCUUCGUGUGAAGACAUGGGCUUUAAGGAUCUAAAGCUUUGGAUGGGAGCUGGUACAGGCUAGUGGAGGUUUUGCUGUGUUAUACUUUGGAUUAACAUGGAACAUUUAUGGAGGAGCCCUUGUAGCCAUGACCUCUGAUUGUAAGCAAACAUCUGCCUGUCUCAAAAGCUUCCCUUGCUUUCAGUAGCAAGCCUGUGUACCUUACUGUGAGACUGCCAAUGGUUCAGAGAUGUAUGUUUCAAAAAGUUAUUCCAUAGUUUUUAUGCAAUUUGGAAAGUUGUUUACUUAAAAAAUAAAUUCACAAGAAAAUAAUCCAUAAAUAUGCUGAAUAUAUAUGUGAAGAUUUUCUUAAUUACAAUAAAUAUUGGACAUUUUUCUAAUAAAAUGAGUUUUUCUCUGAGUAAAUAUAUGUAUUUUAAA